AUGGUGGACAUCUUCCAGUUUAUUAUUCACCAGACUAUAAUGGCCACUUCACAGACGUCAUCACACAAGUCCACGAGUCACUCAAGCAAAAAAUCAACCGUGACACGUAACAGCUCAUCCAACCAAUCGUCCAGCAAAAAAGUAGUAAUAUCAAGUAGCGACGACGAUGGCGCACAAGAACAUGUUGACGAACAGUCAAAUGAUAAAUCAACUAGAGAUAGCUAUUAUAGCGAUGGUACUAACGUGCAAAGUGACAAAUCCGCGAAUGAAUCUAAUAUAAGAAAAGUAACUGCAACUUCUAGUGACAGCAAAGGAGCACAACAGACUGUAGAUGAACAAUCUGACAAUAAAUCUACUCGAGACAUUUAUUACAAGAAAGGUGAUAUAAUUCAAAGCGAUAAGUCUGGAAACGAGUCUAAUAUUAGGAAAAUAACUAAUACUUCUAGUGACAGCAAAGGAGCACAACAGACUGUAGAUGAACAAUCUGACAAUAAAUCUACUCGAGACAUUUAUUACAAGCAAGGAAAUAAAAUACAAAGCGAUAAGUCUGGAAACGAGUCUAAUAUUAGAAAAAUAACUAAUACUUCUAGUGACAGCAAAGGAGCACAACAGACUGUAGAUGAACAAUCUGACAAUAAAUAUACUCGAGACAUUUAUUACAAGCAAGGAGAUAAAAUACAAAGCGAUAAGUCUGGAAACGAGUCUAAUAUUAGGAAAAUAACUAAUACUUCUAGUGACAGAAAAGGAGCACAACAGACUGUAGAUGAACAAUCUGACAAUAAAUCUACUCGAGACAUUUAUUACAAGAAAGGUGAUAAAAUACAAAGCGAUAAGUCUGGAAACGAGUCUAAUAUUAGAAAAAUAACUAAUACUUCUAGUGACAGCAAAGGAGCACAACAGACUGUAGAUGAACAAUCUGACAAUAAAUCUACUCGAGACAUUUAUUACAAGCAAGGAGAUAAAAUACAAAGCGAUAAGUCUGGAAACGAGUCUAAUAUUAGAAAAAUAACUAAUACUUCUAGUAACAGAAAAGGAGCACAACAGACUGUAGAUGAACAAUCUGACAAUAAAUCUACUCGAGACAUUUAUUACAAGAAAGGUGAUAAAAUACAAAGCGAUAAGUCUGGAAACGAGUCUAAUAUUAGGAAAAUAACUAAUACUUCUAGUGACAGCAAAGGAGCACAACAGACUGUAGAUGAACAAUCUGGCAAUAAAUCUACUCGAGACAUUUAUUACAAGCAAGGAGAUAAAAUACAAAGCGAUAAGUCUGGCAAUGAAUCUAAUAUUAGGAAAAUAACUAAUACUUCUAGUGACAGAAAAGGAGCACAACAGUCUGUAGAUGAACAAUCUGACAAUAAAUCUACUCGAGACAUUUAUUACAAGAAAGGAGAUAAAAUACAAAGCGAUAAGUCUGGAAACGAGUCCAAUAUCAGGAAAAUAACUAAUACUUCUAGUGACAGAAAAGGAGCACAACAGUCUGUAGAUGAACAAUCUGACAAUAAAUCUACUCGAGACAUUUAUUACAAGCAAGGAGAUAAAAUACAAAGCGAUAAGUCUGGCAAUGAAUCUAAUAUUAGGAAAAUAACUAAUACUUCUAGUGACAGAAAAGGAGCACAACAGACUGUAGAUGAACAAUCUGACAAUAAAUCUACUCGAGACAUUUAUUACAAGAAAGGUGAUAAAAUACAAAGCGAUAAGUCUGGAAACGAGUCUAAUAUUAGGAAAAUAACUAAUACUUCUAGUGACAGCAAAGGAGCACAACAGACUGUCGAUGAACGAUCUGACAAUAAAUCUACUCGAGACAUUUAUUACAAGAAAGGAGAUAAAAUACAAAGCGAUAAGUCUGGAAACGAGUCUAAUAUUAGGAAAAUAACUAAUACUUCUAGUGACAGCAAAGGAGCACAACAGACUGUAGAUGAACAAUCUGGCAAUAAAUCUACUCGAGACAUUUAUUACAAGCAAGGAGAUAAAAUACAAAGCGAUAAGUCUGGCAAUGAAUCUAAUAUUAGGAAAAUAACUAAUACUUCUAGUGACAGAAAAGGAGCACAACAGACUGUAGAUGAACAAUCUGACAAUAAAUCUACUCGAGACAUUUAUUACAAGAAAGGAGAUAAAAUACAAAGCGAUAAGUCUGGAAACGAGUCUAAUAUUAGGAAAAUAACUAAUACUUCUAGUGACAGCAAAGGAGCACAACAGACUGUAGAUGAACAAUCUGGCAAUAAAUCUACUCGAGACAUUUAUUACAAGCAAGGAGAUAAAAUACAAAGCGAUAAGUCUGGCAAUGAAUCUAAUAUUAGGAAAAUAACUAAUACUUCUAGUGACAGAAAAGGAGCACAACAGACUGUAGAUGAACAAUCUGACAAUAAAUCUACUCGAGACAUUUAUUACAAGAAAGGAGAUAAAAUACAAAGCGAUAAGUCUGGAAACGAGUCUAAUAUUAGGAAAAUAACUAAUACUUCUAGUGACAGCAAAGGAGCACAACAGACUGUAGAUGAACAAUCUGGCAAUAAAUCUACUCGAGACAUUUAUUACAAGCAAGGAGAUAAAAUACAAAGCGAUAAGUCUGGCAAUGAAUCUAAUAUGAGGAAAAUAACUAAUACUUCUAGUGACAGUAAAGGAGCACAACAGUCUGUAGAUGAACAAUCUGACAAUAAAUCUACUCGAGACAUUUACUCUAAAGAUCGCCAUAGUCAAAAACGUGACCAAUCUACAAAUGAUUCUAAAAAUAGAAGAAUCACAACCACCUCCCAAGACCGACAAGGCUUUCGUCAAAAUGUGGAUGAGCAGUCGAAUGAUUCUAAUACCAGAGACAUAUCUCAAAUCACUAAAACACGAUACGGAUACGUAGAGGGUAACGAUAAAUCCUCCGAUAAAUCGUCUAGGAGGAAAAUAACUUUGUCCAACAUUGAUAAAAGAGGCAACCGUCAAAUAGUCGACGAACAAUCAAACGAUGAUAACACAAGAAAAAUAUCACAAACAAUCAAGACACGCGGAGGAAUAACUGAAAAUCGUGACGACUCUUCUAACAUAUCGCAAAGAAGAAAAAUAGUUUUGUCAGAUAUAAAUAAAAGAGGUUCCCAUCAAGUCGUUGACGAGUUUUCUAAGGAUGCGAAUACAAGAGAUCUCUCUAAUGUUAUUAAAACACGCGAAGGAACUACGGAAACUCAUGAUAACUCAGCAACUGAUUCGUCGAUCCGGAGAAGAACAGAAAACGUAAGUAAUCAAAAGGGCACACAGCAAGCCGUCGACUUGGCAACUGACAACGGAUAUGCUAGGACGAUAUCUAAAACAACAGAUAAUAACGACGGAACUACAGAAGAUGUAAAUGAAUCAUCCGGCAGAACAUCAUUAAGAAAGCGCACGGUGUCCGGUAACACUAUCACAAGUACCAACAACAACAUCAAAACCAAUCCCAAACCGAGCUUUAAUACUAACACCAACAAAGUCAUUACUACAAACACAAACGCUAAUUCCGAUUCAAACAUCAAUACCAGUGGUUCGAGCAGUAACAGCGGUGGAUAUUCUAACACUGGAGGUAAUAGUUACGUCAGAACCGACAAGAGCGGUACCACCGUUAACACCAACGCGUAUUCCAACGCUGGUUCAUAUAGUAGCACCGAUGACACUAACACUGAUACUGGCGCAUAUUCCAACGCCGCAAGUGGCACCAAUGUGAUUAUUAACAAAGACGGCACUACUUCCAACACGAACUCCAACUCUAACGCUGGUUCUUACACUAACACCGACCACGUUACCACCAACACUGGAGCAUAUUCUGGCUCUGGAGCCAACAGUCAUGUCCACACUAAUAACAGAGGCACUACAAUUACAACAAACUCCAAUUCAAAUUCUGGAUCUUACGCGACUACUAGUGACAUUAAGAAUAAUGCUGGGGCAUACGCUAACUCUGCUUCUAACAGCCACGUGAAAACGGAUAAGAAUGGUCAAACCAUAAACACAAAUAGUAAUUCCAAUAGCGGAACUUACACAAGCAGUACAGCCACUGAUACUAAUACAGGUGCAUACGCGAACUCUGGAGCCAACAGCAACGUGAAUAUAAAUAAAAGCGGAACUAACGCUAACACAAAUACUUAUUCAAACACUGGAUCGUACACUACAAACAUUAAAUCUACUAAUGACGCCGGUACAUACGCCAACUCCGGUGCCAGCACUAACAUUAAUGUAAAUAAGGAAGGCAGUACAGUCGACACGAGCACAAAUACGAAUACUGGCACUUACAUUAGCUCCAGUCAGACCAUUAAUGCUGCUAGUGCCUACUCUAACGCUAACACUAACACCAAUGUGAAUAGGAAUAAAAAUGGCGUCACCACUAAUACUAAUAGCAACUCCGAUGCCGGGUCUUAUAUCAGUACAAGCCAUAGCACAACCGACGCUGGAACAUUCGCCAACAGUGGUACCAACACUAGUGUGAACACCAAUAAAGAAGGCACAACAACCAACACAAGUACUACUUCUACAACCGGUUCUUAUACUAGCACCAAUCAAAGUAAAUCGGCAACUUCUACUAUCGCUAAAAGCAACACUCAAACUGAAGUAACCGAAGGUUCACCUGAUUCCUAUGAAUCUGAUUACUACUAUGAUUCCUCAGAAAAAUGCUGCUGCGACUAUUAUCAGAAUUGA